AUGAAAUUAAAAAUUGGUAUUGCUUUACAAGUUGUUGUAUUAGUUGGUAUUGUUAUAGCGUUAAUUCUUCCAUGGUACGAAAUCAAAUUAAAAGAAAAUACUUUCACCAAACAAACUGUAGUUAAUUAUAAAUGGAAAGAGUUUAGUUGUCAAGUCGAGGGUACUGAUAAAUUAACAGUUAAAUAUGACAGUGACGAUAUUAUAGAUAAUGCAGCUAUUGGUGCAUGUGUUGCUAGAGCUGGUGUAAAUCCAUUUAAAACUGAAGAAAUCUCAACAGUUUUAAACUCUUGCCUUUCAUUCUUGGUUAUUGCUGGUGCUCUUGCUCUUGGUACUGCUCUUUUACAAAUUAUUUUACUCGUCUCACCAAAAUUAUGUAGAUCAUGUGUUUGGAAAUUACUUUGCAUUGGUUGUGCUAUCGCUGGUGUUGUUAUGCUCUUUAUUUCAUUCUUUACAUUAUUGGCUCUUCCAAAGAAAUUUGAUGAAGAUACUUCAAACCUUUCAGUCUGUAAAGAAAGAUGGUGCGAUAAGAUUAUCGGUAACGAUGAUGAUUAUAGAUGGAUUCCAGGUGGUGGUUGGUGGGCUGCAUUAGCUGCUUGUUUCACUGCAUUCUGUGCUGGUAUUUUUACAUUAGCUUCAAAUAGAUAA